AUGGCUGACGAAGAAAUUGACAUGAAUAAACUUGCGACAGAAUGGGUGGCUGGACUCAACAGCGCUGCUGCUGAAGGCGACAUUGCCAAGUUCGCUCAACAAUUCGUAGCAGUUGGCUGGCUUCGUGAUCACCUCUGUUUCUCCUGGGACUUCAGAUCCAUCUCCAGCCGCUCUGCCAUAGAAUCCUUCCUCUCCGAGUGCGACAAUCCCUUCAGCACAGGCUCUGAGACUAAGCGCCGCUUUGACACCACCGGAAUCCACGACAUCGUCCUCGACACCCAAUCGUCACUGGGCCCGCCGGAGAAAUUCCCCCUCCCACACGACCCGUCCAAGUUCGGCAUCCAAGGCGCGCUCACGUUCUCCCUGCGCUCUCCACACGCACGUGGGCGUGGCUUCUUCCGCCUCGUGCAAUCCCCUGAAGCCGAUGGCGAAUGGAAGGCAAUGACACUGUAUACAGUGCUGCACGACCUCGUAGGCCACGAGGAGCCGACUGAACGUCCUCGCGGGAAGUCGCUGGAUCCGAAUGCAGCGACCAAUGCGAGGGAAGAAAAAGCGAAGGAGGUGGAGGCUAUUGAGAGCGAUCCAACGGUCUUAAUAGGUUGUGCGCUUAUACUCAUGUAUGUUUUUGAAGUGGGUGCGGGCCAUAAUGGGCUGAUGCAAGCAGCUCGUCUCCGGCGCAUGGGAAUUCGUGCCCUCGUUGUUGAGAAGACGCCUCGCGUCGGAGACGUGUGGCGAAAUCGUGAGAACUUCCCCGAGUACAUCAGCGGCUCCCGCCUCGGUGACUUCAUGGAAUCGUAUGUUCUCCUCCAGGAGCUGCACGUCUGGACCUCAUCCACGCUCCUUUCUUCCCCGGAACCUGUAUACGACUCUGAGACUCGUCGAUGGACCGUCAUAGUUGAUCGAUCUGGCAACCAUGUCACGCUGCACCCGAAGUACAUUCUACUUGCUUUGACUACUGGUCGUCCAAAUAUCCCUGAAUUCCCUGGAAGGGAAGCGUUCAAGGGGGAGGUGUAUCAUACGGACUUGCAUAAGGGUGCGGGAAAGUGGAAGGGGAAGAAGGCGGUUGUUGUCGGAGCUGGAAACGCCUCGGGCGACAUAAUCCAAGACUUUGUGGCCAAUGGCGCAUCUGAGGUCACCGUUGUUCAGCGCAGCGCAAUAUUCCACCAGUCCCUUGCGACCUUUAACGCAACCUUCGCUGCCGACUACUUUGUGCCCGGCCGGCGCAUGGAGGACGCGGACCUUCUCGCGAACUCGCUACCGCCGCGCUUGAUCAUCGCCAUGAUGGAGGGCGGCCUGCUCGAGCACGUCAAGAGCAUGGACGCGGAUCUCCACAAGCGGCUGCAGGAAAAGGGGCUCAAGCUCACGUGGGAGUGUAACGGGAUGAAGGCGGGUGCGGCGGCGUUUAUUUUCGAGAUGCUUGCUGCGAAGACGAUACUCGAUACUGGGUUUGGAGAGCUCAUAGCCAACGGCACAGUAAAGGUCAAGCAAGGCGCUGAAGUCUCACACUUCGAAGAAGAAAGCUUGGUGCUCGUUGAUGGCACAAAGCUCCCUGCAGAUGUCGUCGUCCUGGCAACGGGCAAUCAGGCCAUCAUGGAAAGCAUUCACGCACUCAUGGGUCCAAACAUUGCCUCUAAAAUCGGCCCCCGUGUUUUUGGACUCGACUCCGUGGGUGAAAUGAAACGAUUCAACAGGCCAUCAGGACAACCUGGGCUGUGGAUUUGCCCGGGGGCGUUUUUCAUGGCGCGGUACUAUAGCAAGCUGGUGGUGCGUAACUAUGUUUCUUCUCGUCAAAAGACUUGGAGUGAUGAAAGGACGAUGCUUCAGGCACUGCAAAUCCUUGCAGAGGAGCUCGGCAUAAAGGGUCCGACGCCAGCUGUGGAUGGUGAGUUGUUGAUAGCUUCACUAGGGUUCAACGUUCAUGAGCUGAAUGAAAUCCCUUAG